ACACUUGAACCUAUAACGAGAGUAUCCGAUGUAAUUUGCUUUCACGUUUAAGUUUCGCCGACGAAGAGCCGCGCGGCUGGUCUUCUUUCUGAAAUGUUGUACCGAACAGGCACAAAAAGCUUAAAUUAUGUCGAGGCUAAUGAAUAUAAUGUUAAAUUCAAGGAAAGACGCUAAUAAGAGUAGUUAUAUCAUUGGCAGCUCGCCUCAUUUAUUAUACAGACGAGUCUUAAGGUCAGGAAAAUAUUACCGAAUAGCAUAGGCAUUGAAAACACUGUUCCAAAGGAACGAGAGUCUACUUUUUAUCUCACGAACGAAUCUCGCGGUGAAUGUCUUGCCCAAAUUACGGGUAUGGUACCUAAAAUUUCCGCGUCGCUUUUUGUAUACGGAUUUUUAACAAGCCGUUGGUCUGAACUUUGAUCCGGUUACGAGUUGGACCAAACCACUUGCGACAAUUAAAACUAUUUAAUUUUCUCUCUCUACUUCAGAGAACUCACCUCGUAUAAUCGUGAUAUUUAGUCUUACGUUUACGUUUUUCUUAAACGGAAUCAACGCGCUUUUAUGGUCAGAUGAAAAUCCGAUUACGUAAUCACGAUGAGUAAUUUGGGCCUCAAAGGAGGCAUUUUGGCUCUCAAUCACUAUAGGAGUUAAUCGAGUACCGGCCCUUGUGCUCGACUCUGGAUCUCGGCGUCUGGCCAUGAACGCUAUAUUUACUGUAACUACUAGCUUGUUAUGCCGUGGAACUCAAGGCUCGAACAGUACGCUCUGUUUGGCUCGUGCCUGUAUGUGGGUAAUACAUACCCACGUAUUUUUUACCUCACAUAUGCGUUACUGGACGUGUACGAUAGGCGAUAAUUAGAAACGCAUUGCGCGUUUUAUGCUUACAUCGCACAGUCAGGAUCAGGUAUCACACUGAGAGAAAUUUUUAGUUCCGGUUACCGCUCAGUCCUCAUCUAUUUUCAUUUUUUACCGCAACCGAAAAAUAUAGCUCUAGGUACAAAAUGAAAAUUAAUUUUGUACCUGUUUAACUAAAAAAUUAGAGUAAACCUCAUGAGCGAAAUUUACCUUUGCAGCACCUGCCGUAAUUUUCUCUAGCGCGAACAAUGGAUUCGUAUCAGUAUUCAGAGAUUAGACAAAUCUGAAUUAUCUGUAAUUUUUCAUCACCGAAGAUAUAUAAGCGAUGGUAUCAACGAAUGCGAAAAUAUUUGAGCAUGAAACAGCGACUCGAGUUACAUCGUCGUGAUUUUCGGCUAGUUUAUAUGCGUGUUUCGCUGGUUUGGAGUGAUUUGGUCAACGUAUCUUUUUCUGGCAAGAGAGCGAACUGAUUCAGUCGGAAUUAAAACCACGGCACGAUAUCCACGAUGGCGUUGGGAAAAAGCUCGCCGACUCUGAUAGUCUUCUGCAUAAUAUUCGCGGCGAAAACCAGCGACGCUAAUUUGUGGGACGAGUGCUGGUCCAACUGGAUGUGCAACAGCUGGCAGCUGGAAUGCGUGAAUUUUCAGUGCGCUUGUAUAAGUCCCUACGUGCCUUCGAUGGACAAUGCAAAAUGCGUAGUCGGAAUUGACGGAGUCUGCGAAAGAUAUCAAGACGAGUGUUACGAUCCUAACGCCCAUUGUAACCAGACGAAUAGCUGGAUCGGUACCGGAAGUUGGUGCGCGUGCAAGGAAGGCUUCACUCAGGAUCCGGAAACUCGGUUGUGCGCGAAAAACAUUGGCGAAGAAUGCGAGGCUGACGGUACUUCCUGCAUCGAAGGAAGCUGCGUCGACGGAACCUGCCAAUGUCCAGCGGGUCUUUCGCCGAGCCAAUUUGGUGACAGUUGUGGAGUCGCUGUCGGCGGUACUUGCACCGAUGAUCAUCCGACCUGUGCCGAUCCUUACGCGGAAUGCCAAGGCUCUGGUAGUCUCUGCGAGUGCAAAGAAGGACAUCAGGCGGUGGUGAGGGAAGAGGAUGGAAUGACCGUAUGCAGAACAGCGCUGGGCGGCGCCUGCCAAAACGCGGCUGAAUGCGCGGCUUUUAACACGUCCUGCGAGCUUUUGCGACAAGGGAUUUCAGCUUGCACUUGCAUCGUGAGCUACGUGCCUUCCGAAGAUCGGACCGCUUGUUUACCAGUCGUAAAUCACUGGGCGAGUGCGUGUCAGGAAGAUUUGCAAUGUACAGCGAUGUUUGGAAGAUACAGCACCUGCUCCAACAACAUCUGCGACUGUCAAAUCGGAUACAUUUAUUCCGCUGCAGAUUUUGGAUGCGUUGCCAUACACGGAGUUGCGCCCAGAUCUAAUUCGGAAUCGGUUAAACUACUCGCGACGACUCUGCUGCCUUACUUACCGACAGAAGCGAAGAUAGCUGUGCACGAAAUUCUGGAUGAAUUGUGAAAAAUAUUGUACGGAUUUUGUUGAGUAAAUCGUUCCGAAUGCUGGAGUGAAGUUUGAUUUUUUUUACAUCGACUCGUUCAAGUAUACCCUGAAUUAUCCUGUACAUUACUUACGCCAAAUUCACAUUUAAACGGAGAAGUGAAAAUCAUUUCGAGUCCCACCGGGUGAUAAAUUUUUCGACAAGAAUGUGUGAGGGAGAUAAAAAAUUUGUUAAAAACAUCCGGCCGACUUAAGCCCGUAAUAUAUUACUCAUUAAAUACCGCUGAAAUUCAAAUGGCGAUAAAAAUUAAUCUUCGUCAACGUUUGCGUAACACUUUUCAUCCUUCGUCAUUUACAAACAAGGACGGAUUCGCAUUCCCAUUUCAUAUCAGCAAUAACUUGGGUAAGAAUAUAUUUUUAAUCCACGUUUCACUGUACACAAAGAGAAAUUAACUUUUACGUAAUAUUAUAGCAACAAGUUUCGGAACGAGUGUUGUACGAUUUCAAACACUUGCAAUAUCGUAUCGGCGUGGAUCGUUUUUGCAAUCUAUUAUUCCUUCUUUCUUGUUUGCGUUGAGUAAAUACUUGUUUUUUUUUUUCUCGUUUUGUUACACAGUUUUUAUUAAAAAAUCAAACGAAAACAAAGAAAACUACAUCUAUACGCGUAUACACGCAAUAAUAUUUACCUGCGAAUGGAGAACUGACAACGAAUAUCACGAAUCACUGAAAUUCACACGGAAAUUGUACACUAAUAAAAUAUAAAGCCUACGUAUUAUAUAUAUAUAUACUUUACUCAGUGAUUGUUAUAGAUGAAAUUUAAGUAAUGAAACGAAAUUUUACCCGGUGUAAAUAGGGAAUGUAAGAUUCAAAUUUCACGUUCAAACUACAUUAUAAUAAUAUCACGUUGAAUGUACAAAUCACGAUAAAGUUACUCGAGCAUACAUAGAGUAACGACGAUAUGAAUUCAUAUGAAGUGUGAUAUACAAAUAUUCGUAAUUCGAUGUGUUAAUAUUGGCAGGGUAACAAGGUAUGAAACUACAUACAUGAACCGUCGUAUCAAUUUAAGUAUACUUUUUGAUUGGAGAAAUUGUGUUCGUAAAUUUUACAUUGACAUAGGUGUAUGUGACGGAAUUUGAAUCGAGAACUUGAAACUCUUAUUCACUUUUUGCUGUAUGAAGUAUGUGGGUGGAUGUUUAACUAAGAUGAUAUUUGUUACAUUUUAAAUACAACAGUCCGAAUGAACAUGACAGAUGUGUAUAUCUGAAAGUGUUUCGAUGCAGAGAAAAUAAAGGAACGAUAUCUUCAGCGUUGAAGAAAUAUUCAAUGACAGCUUUGUUUGAGUUUGCUUAUAUUAUUUCGCUCGCUUGCUUCUUCAAAA